AUGUCACUGCUGACUCACGUGCUGGCCUGUUUGUUUGGCAUGGGCUCCUGGGUGGCAAUCAAUGGAAUGUGGGUGGAGCUCCCGCUAAUCGUACCACAGAUCCCUGAGCACUGGUCCCUGCCAUCCUACCUCACAGUACUCAUCCAGAUGGCCAAUAUUGGCCCCCUAGUCAUCACAUUGAUGCAUCAUUUUCGUCCAGGAGUGUUGGACGAGAGACCGGUUGUCUACUGCAUUGCUGUGUUGGGGAUUGUUGCCACAUUCUUGUUGGCUUUCCUCUGGAAGCACACAGUGACAAUAGCUGGCAGCCUACACAGUGUGCCCCUUUUGAUAUUAUGCUUCUUGCUCUCUGUGGUGGACUGUACCUCCUCUGUCACCUUUCUGCCAUUCAUGAUGCGUCUGUGCCCCCAGUACCUCACCAGCUACUUUGUAGGUGAAGGCCUCAGUGGUCUGGUGCCUGCACUCGUGGCUCUGAUUCAAGGUGUUGGUGUAGUCAGGUGUCAUAAUACCACUUUGACAGUUUCUAUGAACAAAACACUUGAGAAUUCCACUAUUGACACUGGAGGGCUGCAAGCAAUCUAUCAACCAGCAAAAUUCUCCGCUCAGGCAUUCUUCUUAUUCCUCAGUGCAAUGAUGGUUAUUUGCCUAACUGCCUUUACCCUGCUCAACCAUCACCCCGCUGUAGCUCGGGAGAAGAAAGACGACCUGUAUUUCAGGGACGAACUGACGCCAGGAAAGAGAGAGCAAGCUUUCUCUCUGCACCCCCAAACACCUGAGCAAAAGCCAAUGUUAAAUCCCUUCGGGUCUGCAAGGAGGGAACCUCGCAGCUCCUUUGGCAGGGGCACAUAUAGUAACGCUGAGGUGGCUUUCAUUUUUGUUGUACUCGCCUGGGCGAAUGCUCUAACCAAUGGAGUGCUGCCAGCAGUGCAGUCUUACUCCUGUCUGCCUUAUGGGAACCAGGCCUAUCAUCUUGCAGCCACAAUGGCAGCUGUCGCCAACCCACUCGCCUGUUUCAUUGCCAUGUUUAUGCCGAUCAGGUCACUCAUCUUCAUGUGUCUUCUGACUGUGUUUGGCACUGGAUUUGGAGCCUACAUCAUGGCAAUGGCUGCUUUUAGUCCUUGUCCUUUGCUAGUCCACAGUACAUCCGGAACUGUUGUAAUAGUGCUGGUUUGGGUCCUAUUUAUUCUCUCCUUGUCCUACGUAAAGGUAAUAAUUGGAAUAAUUCUACGGGAUGAGGGCCAUAGCGCCCUUGUUUGGUGCGGGGCGGUGGUCCAGUUGGGCUCCAUGAUAGGUGCCCUUUCCAUGUUUCCACUGGUUGGUGUCUAUCAGCUUUUUAAGUCAGGGGAUCCCUGCAACACCAACUGUCCCAUGUAA